UCUCAUUGUUUGUGGCUCAACGCCGGGCGGAGAGAGCGACGGGUCAGAGGAAAAUGGCGGACGGUGUGGAUCAUAUCGAUAUCUACGCCGACGUAGAGGAGGAAUUCAACCAGGAAGCUGAUUACCCAGUUCACGAGCAGAUCGACCUGUAUGAUGAUGUAAUAUCCCCAUCAGCCAAUAAUGGCGAUGCUCCAGAGGACCGUGACUACCUGGACACACUGCCUGCACCAGGUGGCACAGAGGGAGGGAAGAGUGCCCCACCCAACGUGGUGUACACCUACACAGGGAAAAGGAUUGCCCUAUACAUAGGAAACCUCACAUGGUGGACAACAGAUGAGGACCUGACAGAAGCCAUCCGAUCGAUAGGCAUCACAGAUGUGCUGGAGAUCAAGUUCUUUGAAAACAGAGCAAAUGGCCAGUCCAAAGGGUUUGCCCUGGUGUGCGUGGGCUCAGAGGCGUCAUCCAGGAAGUUAAUGGAGCUCCUGUCGAAGAGGGAGCUUCACGGUCAGAAUCCCAUCGUCACGCCAUGCAACAAACAGUCCCUCAGCCAGUUUGAGAUGCAGUCACGCAAAAGUACUCAGUCAGGUCAGAUGUCUGGGGAAGGUAAAGCUGGUCCCCCUGGUGCAGGCCCCCGUGGAGGUUUCCCCAUGGGCGGUCGAGGCAGAGGCCGGUUUCCUGGACCACCUGGCCCUGGAGGAGACCGCUUUCCUGGUCCCGUUGGACCUGGAGGACCGCCACCACACUUUCCUGGCUCUGAGAUGAGACCAGAUCUGAUUAGGCACCAAGAUGGCCCUCUGAUGGAUAUGAGUUUCAAUCCCUUCCCGCCGGGGGGCAGGAACGGGAGCUGGUGUGGCAGAGGUGGGAUGCAGGGCCCCCCUCGUCCCCCUCCGGGUCCACCUGGCCCCCCUGGCCCUCCAGGACCUCCACCUCCUGGACAGGGCCUCCCUCCUCCCCUCGCUGGCCCUCCAAAUCGUGGUGACAGGCCUCCACCCCCUGUUCUCUUCCCCGGUCAGUUUGGCCAGCCACCAAUGGGACCCCUGCCUCCAGGCCCCCCUCCUCCAGGUUACGGCCCUCCCCCUGGCCCCCCACCCCCUCAACAGGGCCCCCCACCUCCAGGACCCUUCCCUCCUCGGCCCCCAGGUCCCAUUGGACCCCCCAUGGCUUUGGCUCCACCUCCACACAUGCCAGGUCCCCCACCAGGUGGACCGCCACCAGCCCCCCAUGUCAACCCUGCAUUCUUCCCCCCACCUGGCAACAACAGCAUGCCCCCUAAUGACAGCCGAGGACCUCCCGGACCAAACGACCCAUAUGGACGCCCGCCGCCAUAUGAGAGAGGAGACUACGGCCCUGGAGGCCGGGAGAUGGAGGCAUCACGGACACCCCUGAGCGAGGCAGAGUUUGAGGAGAUCAUGAACAGAAACAGAGCCAUCUCCUCCAGCGCUAUAUCUAGGGCUGUGUCUGACGCCAGUGCAGCUGAUUAUGGCAGCGCUAUAGAGACGCUGGUGACUGCCAUCAGUUUGAUUAAGCAGUCCAAAGUGUCAGCAGACGACCGCUGUAAAGUCCUCAUCAGUUCUCUGCAGGACUGUCUUCACGGCAUUGAGUCAAAAAGCUAUGGCUCUGCCUCCAGGCGAGAGCGCUCCAGAGAACGUGACCACAGCCGCUCCAGAGAAAAGAGCAGACGCCACAAGUCUCGCAGCCGCGACAGGCACGAGGACUAUUACCGAGAACGCAGCCGGGAGCGGGACCGUCAUCGCGAGAGGGACCGUGACAGAGACCGGGAAAGAGAGAGGGAGAGGGAGUACAGACAUCGCUAAGCGAGGAUGGAGACCUGGACUCAGCCUGACUAGUUAAGGCCUAAACUACAUGAUGGGAGAAGCAGACACCAGUGUUCAGUUUUUAAAAGUCUGUCUCGUUGGCUCAUCUCCUCUCUUCUGGAUUCACUGUCCAAAAAAAUAAUUUGCUGUAGACAUGGUCUUUCAAAAUUGAAUCUAUAGAGUGUGUCAUGAAAAUACAUUGACCAUAAGAGCUUCUAAACAUUUUUAAUACUUUUGAAGUCACAUGGUCACGGUUGAUUAAAACAUAAAGCUUAAAAAUUUUGCAAGAUAGAAUGACCUUAGUGUUUAUUUAAAUGUCCUUCCAUACAUUUUUGAGGAAGUGGACAAAGAGAGACAAGGUGAGCAACAAAAAGACUUUUAAUACUCGUUCCGUUGGUUUCAGGUAGGUGUUAAGGUAAGUACUUUCAUUCAAGCUUCCUAAUCACACUUGUGUUACUGUGUAUAUACACUGUGUAUAUUUUCACUCAGAGAAAUGUGUGUAAUACACACUGACUGUACUCACUUUGCUCAAAGGGGUUUGUAAGAGUUAUAUCUGUGCUGUGGUGUUUUUUUCAUAACCACUAUCCCAAAAACAGAAAUUACACUGGCAGUCGCUGGAAAUUUGACUUUGUGAAUGAACUGUUACUUUUUGGUCCACAGGCCUCUGAGGCUGGUAAAUUACUAAAUUCAUGAGCCACUUUGUGUAUUCUGCUAAAUAAAUAAACAAAGAAGAGCUACACAUUCUGCUGGAGAAAGCAUCUGCCUGUGAGAAGCUGUAGAGCAGCACUAACUUGAUGCUGUUACAGACUGUAUAUUUGGCAGAGCAAAUAGACUCACCUCUGCAAAUGUAAACAUGCGACUGACUCGUUGAAAGUGGAAAUAAUCUGAAUUUGGGUUUUACCAGCAGCUAUGGCCAGUGGAUCAAAAUAUGAGUAUUUUUCUGGCUUAAAUAUCAAGUUUCAGUGAUUUGGCUUUUCAUUAUGUGCAAGUUUGCAGCUUAUUGAAGUGUACUGUAACCUCUGAGUAGGUUUGUCACAGUGGUUGUAGUGGUUUCUUGAUUGAUUGGCCAGUCUCAGAUGUCAGUAUUCCCUAGUCAUUGUUUCCGAUACUUAUUACAGAUUUAGCAAUUUAUAUGGUCUGUUCAGGUUUGAUUGUGUUUUUAGAAAAAAAUUACAAUGUUCAACUUGUCCAUAGUAGACCAAUCUACACUUUGUAAAUGUCCCUUUCAUAGUAAUGUUGUAUACAUAUUACCAUUUCAGUUUAAAAGUUGAAUAUAUAUCAUUGUCAUGGUUUAAUUAAGAGAAGGUGAAAAUUUAUUUAUCAAAUCGUGUCAAUAUCUGAUGAUUUUUUGACACAGAAAAUUUUCAAAUGUGAUUGUGCCAUAUUUGCAUGACAGUGCUGUUUCCUGGCAUUUUACUUUUGUCAAACUGGAUGUUUUGUAGCUGAGUGUUUCUCACUUCUGAACCAUUUUACCUCAGUUUAAGAUGUUGAGGUGAAGUGAAAAAAUAUCUAUGCCUAUGCCCUUUUCAUACCGUGGUCUGACAACAUAGACGUCAGUGUGAUGUCCAGAUGUUGAUGCCAUUAGUCCACAUAGAUCAUUUACUGAGGCCAAGGUCAAAGGAAAUACAGAGUUUUGAUGGAUUGAUUUCAGUAUCUUACAGAUAUAUUAUCAUUAUCAGUAAAUAACAUGUAAAGUUGGAAUGAUAAGUUGAAAAUAUAGGAAGCUAGGUUCAGGAAAUUUAUGUUUUCAAAUCAUCAGGUUUUUGUGCCCGUCACCUGGCCAUCCUUAUAUAAUUUUUUUCUUGAAUUGCCUGGUUUAGUUAAGUAGAAUAAAAUCACCUAUAAAUGAUAUUUUCAGGUAAAUGAGAACUCUAUUAAUUUUUUUAUCUCAGCAAAACAAAUUCAGAAUUACAUGCCGAUUGUAAUUUACUGACACAUAGUAGAAAUUUACAUUUUAAUAUUUUACUUUCAUGUGACUCUUGUAUGUACAUUGAAAUGAUUCCUGUUUAGGCUGCAGUAAUGAGUUUUCAAUGAUAAAUAAUCCUCGGUCGGCAAGAGAUCAUGCCAGUUUUGUUCAGUAUUUUGGCUCAUAGCAAUACGAGUGGCUUGUUUGGAUGUUAAGUCAUGUUCUGGGUGAGCUGCAGAUGAAUUUAUCUGAAACUGCUUUGCACCAGUUUGCACCCAACUAAAAUGUGCUGCUGUCAAAUUGUUUGAGGUGCAUAUUUUUUUAGGCAGAUUUUCUGAGAGUGAGAUUCUUGGUGUUAGUGUUUCACAAAUCAUUUUGUAAACUUUUGUGGGAAGAUGCUCUCUUCCACUGCGCCUGCAUGUUGCGUGUUGAACAACAUGAUAACCUUUGUAAAUUUUUGGAACUGCAGUUGAAAUAUGGGGUUUGAACUAUUUUGUGUCGCUCUUAUGUCCUUUACUGCCAAAGCCCUAAGAUGUCUGUGGUGUUGUGUAAACCAGUUCUUAUAGAGCAGAGUCCAGUAGGUUACAUGGCCCCUUCAGCUUCUCUGUACAGUGAUGCAUCACCCCAAAUAAUAUUUCUCAUAAUUUUAAAUGACCUUUUAGAUAGAAACUUAAUUCACUCUUCAGACCUAAUGUCUCAGUUGUGCUUGGAGAGCAGGGAACGUGCUCUGUACAUGACACACAUAUGUUUAUGAGCUUUUUUUUUAGUCUCCUCUUGUUCUGAGAAAUAUUAGCUGGGGUGGUUUUGCUUGCAGAGUUGCUGAACUCUGAAAACUGGCAAAACUCAUACCAAAACCAAGUAACUGUUCUGUGAUUAUAGUGUAGAGUCCUAAUAUUUAGCUGUCAGUGCCAGCUCAGUCGACCUGACCUCUGUUCCACUCAGUUGUCCUUUUUCUACACCAGGUUUUUACUGAAAACUCAGACUUGUGUCCACUGGGAACCUCUUUAUAAAAUUUACUGUUUCUAAUUUAGUAAAAUUAGAAAGUAGAUUUUUUGCUUUCACUUACAGCAUAGCGGUUUUACACUUUCGGAGAGGAAACAGCUUAAUGUAGAAACUAUUUUUAAGUUUCAAAACAGCCCCAGCCAGUUUCAAUUGUAACAUUGCAGCUACGCAGUCUCCUCUACCACACAUCUCUGUCAGAUAAGAGAUCCCCAGUGGGUACAAGGCCAACUAACAUUUGGUAAUGUAUAGAUGCCAAAAAUGCACUUGUGGAGUAUAUUUUGACAAAAAAUGUUUCUUGCAUUAUAAAUGAAAUGACUAAAGAUCAAAAGGAAGUGGGCAAUAUUCAUGUACUAAGGCCAAAUAUGUCCAUUUUCCAUUUGACCAUGUGCAAAAUCUGCCUUUGAAUUCAGUCUGAUAUCUUGUUAAUCAGGAAACAACUGAGAAUUGAGUGCCAAGCAUAUUGCUCUUAUCCCUGAAAGUAGUUUGGCUAUUUGUUGUGUCCACAGAUGCUUGAAAACUAUUUUUACAUGUACAUAUUGGGGGAAUUCAUUGUUUGUACCAGGCUUAAUUGAGUUUUUAUGCUAUUUGUUCAGUUUGACUGUAGGUGUAUGUGUGAUGGGGAUCAAAGCCUAAUUUCCUUUAAAAAAAAAUCAAGCUUACUAUUUACUCUUAUCAAACCAGGGUCAAACAGAGUUUCAGUUCAAGGUUAGCAGCAGUAGUAGUGGUAAUAUAUCUGACGCUCAUAGCUGGCAUAAGGUCAAAAUAUAAAGCAAGACAAUUGUAAUGCUUUAACAGUGUUUAGUUCCCAGAUUAUUACAGUCAACAAAUAGUUGUCAUGGUGAGUUGAAUUGCAAAAGGGUCAAUUUCCCCGCAUGUUCUGCAGUAUCCGUUAGCUAUUUUCUGAAAAACCAGGAGUGUUUUACAAGCUUUUCUGAAGACGAGCUCAUUGAUGGUGGAAGUAAAGGUGGUCCCCACAGCGACAAGCCUGUUACAAUGUCCAGACAUUAUGUAUAGCAUGGGGAUUUUUAAAUGGUAAGUAUUAUCAAAUGCCAGGCUGUUUAAUGAACUGUUUGACCCUGGUUUGACUCUGACCUGCUUCAUUUCCAUGCUGUGUUAGCCGACCCACUGCUGCACAUUUUAAUGUUUUCUAUGAACCGUAAUCGUCUAUAAUGAACAAAGGUUCGACAAUGUGGCACCUUUUUUAAUAUGAUAAAAGACUUGUUAGUAUAAUAUUUGGAUGUAAUUUGACCAUUGACAAAAGUUCAGUCGUGCCCGUUCCCGCCUGUACUGGAUGUUGUAGUCACUUUUGAAAAGUGGUGUGACGAGAAGUGCCAUUUAGCUUGACUACUGUGUUAUGUAAAAUAUUUUUAUUGUCGGCUAAACUGUUUCUGUCUGCAGCCAUGCAUGUAAAACAAAAGCCCUUCAAAAGCAAAAAUAUAAACAUUUAAAAGUUUCAAUAUGCUUUGAACCAUGUAAAAUCCUGUGUACUGUCUUGACCUGGUGCCUGUAAGUGAGGCCUUUUCCCUCUAGAUAUCACUUCUAUGUGGCAUCUUCGGAAAGCAAAGCCUCUUGUCAUCGGGGCCCAGUGAACUUGAUUUUAAAUUGUUAGAAAUACCGAACAAAUUUGACAUUGACAUUUCAUUUGGGUGAGCGUAUCAUUGAUGAUACUCCAAUUAAGCUUUGCAGCUACCAAUUUUUUUAUAAUGAUCAAGAGGUUGCCUUUAUAGUUACCUGUUUCCCCUCAUACUGCACUUUGUCUUUUUCAGUGACACAAACUAUUGCUGCUUAUUCAUUGGCAUUAUGCUAACAAGACCAUACAGGGGUAUACUAAAUCACACUGACAUUAAGAUUAUUUUUUUUCUGUUACUUGUAAAAGUCCUGAGAUGCUUUUGGCAGCCACAUCACUGAGUUGUGGCAAAGUAUCACCUGCUGUGUCUAAGUCCGAUGCGUGCCUUUGUAGUUUUGUGUUUUCCUGCUGUCCCUUUGCUCUGUUCUACACCUAAAUUACUUCAUUUCCUAAAAACCAGUGUCAUACUUGAUUCAGUGUUUGUUAUAAUUAUGGUAUUUGACCCAAGUUGGAAGCACAUUCCCUUUUUGCUAAUCCAAACGUAAUAAAUGGUAAGGGAUCUGGGCUGGGGUGAAAAGCUUUCAGGUCUUUGUCUUGUUCCAAGCAUUUUCAUGGGGUUGUAAGGAAAAAAUAAUAACAGGGUGUUCUUGAAUUAUUUGAAUGUAGGAUCCAUUUUGAAAAUUCAUAGUCACAGUAUGAAAAUUGAAUUAAUUAUGCACGUUUUGGUUUCAACAAUAAAAAAAAAAAAAUUAAGUGUUGCACUUGCACUUUAAAAAACUAAAGGGGGAAGAACCAAAUCCUUUAGAGAAUCGCUGUUUUUUUUUUAAAUUGGAAAAUUACAUUCUAACGAUGGCCACUGACAUAGACACUGUAAUUAAUGUUUUCACUCAACAUCUUGUACUUUAUACUUUUCCCAGUACAUUUCAUAAUUUUUGCAAAUGACACUGAACACUUGUAACAGUACGUAAUGCAGAGUUGACCCUGUGAAUUCACUAUAUAUAAUCGCAUCCUCGCUUAAGCUGUCCACAAUCGAGAAUGACAGUUUUAUAUAUGGAUCCCAUUGACUGUCUGUCUUCAUAAGAAUGUAAUCAGUAGAAGUUUUUAACUUUGCUUACAUACAGUAUAAAUGAACAGCUCCAAGUCUGCCUUUCAGUAACAGCCAUAAAUUGCAUUUAAUGUCGUUAGAUGUUUUACUGUGUACAUGCAGAUCGAUUUCACCUCUGCUUCUUGGAUAUUUCCUGUUCAAGUUUGCAUGACAUGUUUCUCUGUCUGUGCUGGGGUUGGGGGCAAUACACAGUCUGCUGAGAAUUUCAAAAGAAGCAAAUGUUAGUUUACAAAAAAGGUAGUUUGAGACUGAGUCUUUAAGGUCUGUUUCCUUAAACUUCUCCUGAUCACACACCCGUUGUCACCACAAAAUCUUAAGUAAGUGGACUUGGAUAAACUCCAGCCUUGUGACUCAGAGUGAUGGUGAAUUGAACCCAGCCCUGUUGUGCACUUUGUAUGUGUAGUCUAGAGGUUUAAUGGUGGGGGCGGGGGGGGCGGGGAGAAUGUUCACUGUUGGGCUGCCUCGAAACCAAACUCCACCCUUCAUUUUGACACCUUUCAGCUAACGAGGAUCAAGGAUGGAUGGAAGGAAAAGGAGGAACGCUUUCAGUGCAGCACCACCACCACCACCACCACCUCCUCCUCCCCACCACCACCCUGCAUGACCGGACAGGAUUACAACCACCACCUCUUCCUCCACCCCUCCAUCUCUCUUCUCCUCUCCUUCUCCACCCAUCCUUCUCUCUGUCUGUUCAUCUUGUCUGCCUGACUAAGAGCAGUGGAUGGAAGACCCAGACCUGUGUAAGGCUAUGUUAUCCAAACACCUAUACUCAUGGUAACUAAAGAUGAAAGAAAAGAAACUUUCCAAACAGCUCUUUUAUUUUUAUGAUGUUUUAUUUGACAUGAAGAUGAGUAUGUGUGACGCUUUUUUGCAAAGACACAAUAAAAUGGCCCAGCACGACCCCCAAAUAGAAGACGCAAACAUUACAUCCUAUUUGUUUUUGUUUUUUUUUUUUUUUUUUUCCUUGGCUCGCUGUACUGUGUACAUUCAGUUUAGAGAUCAGUUUUUAUAGGGUACAUGUUUGAUGUUUUCUCCCCACCCCUCCCUCUCAUUCUCAUUUAUUCUUUUCAUGGUUAGUAUGUUUGUAAAUGUCUCUGCUUUUGAUUAAAAACUAGAUGGUGUUGUAAUAAAAAAUGUUUACUGAGGUACUCUGCUUUUGGUGAAUUCCUCUACAUGUUUGGCUCAUUUAUAUUAAAUGUGUAUUUUGAAGUGCAAAGAUGUUUUUCAUAUUCAACCUGUCUACUAUUAGAUGCCACUUUUUAGCUGUUAGUGAGUGACUUAUAAGAGCGAGUCCCUUAUUUUGUUUAUUUCUUUGUUCUUUUUCUUUUGGAUAAAUUUUACAAGGUAAGAAAUAAGAAGAAUGCACUACUUUUCAGUGUGCUCUGAUGGAUGGAUGGAUGCGAGUAUAUACAGUAUAGAACAAGUUUGCUUGUACAUGCAUCUUGUUUUUGGACCACACACAGUAACCCAUAUGAAAAAAACCCAAACACAAUAAUGUUCACAACGUGGUUUCAGAUGUUUGAUUCAUGUGUAAUCACACUGAACAGUAAUCAAAAGAACAUUUCAGAACCAAAUUGUCUUUGAACUCUGUAAUGUUGUGUUAAUGUUGCAUUCAUUAUUAGACUGAUUCCAUAUUCAUUUAAGCAGCCAUUGUACAUGAAAUUAGUCUUCAUUCAAACAUCAGUUAAUCCCAUUUGUUGGAAAAAUAGCCAUUGCAAGCAAUUGUUCCAUUUUUUUUUUUUUUUUUUUUUGCUCCUAUGUUCCACACGUAACAUGUUUUUGUAUGUUCAUUUUUAACACCCGGACACAUAAGAAAUAAAUUUAGUAGGACUGGUAAUUCAGAUGCACUUUGUUAAAGGCAUCGUAACACAUAUGCAGUGUAGCGCGUCUUUUAUUCCACCAGCCAUCAUGUUUAUGUCUUGCGUUUUUGUUGAAAUAGAGUGAUUGUAAGCACUUUGUGAUACCAAGCUUUUAGUUGGUAAUGUUGCAUAUAAUGGGUUUGGGGAAUAAGCACAGUUAAGGUGUAUGUGUGUGUGUUUUUUUUUUCUACUGUUUCAGAUCAAAAACUUCAAUUAUAAAUAUAGGCCUGGCUGUCCUCAAUUCUAUAUAUCUGACCUUGAAUCAUGAGUCCGGGCAAGUUUUUAAAUUUGAGUCAAUAAAAAUACUGUAAAGGUUUGCAGCAACAGUGUUUCAUCAGGAGGUGCCAUAUUGCUGUUUGUUUCAUUUGUACUUCAAUGACAAAGGAAUAUGGGCAAAUUCACUAGUACUGAUAUUUAUAAAUUAGCAAACACCGCCUCUGUUAAGUUUGUUCACGGUGCCUCACUAUAUUGUUUAAAAUGAGAAACCCUUUUUUUGUGUUUAUUUGUUUUGUCUUAUUAAAGGUUGUUGUUUUACUUGU